AUGCACUCCACCGUUCUACUACUAGCCCUAGCAGGCCAUUUAUGCAGUGCGAUCCCAGUACAGGACGGACCUCAACAACGUCUGCUAAAUGGCCUUGAACUCCCUAAAUCUUACAACAGUGUGACGGGUGGCGGGCGCAUCCCGUUUACUCCCGGCCACCGAGAUCCCUACGAUGAAGCUGUUGAUACAGUUGGUGAUGAACUCGAUCCUCUCCCUUGGCGCAAUGGAUUAGGCGCUUCAGUCUUGGGACCUUGGAACAAGGAUCGGUCCCGACAGAGCCCCGAUCUUGUACGACCUCCCAGUACUGACAAGGGUAAUCUGGCUAAUAUGCGCUGGAGCUUUGCUGAUUCCCAUAUCCGUAUUGAGGAAGGAGGAUGGACCCGCCAGACUACCGUUCGUGAACUCGGAACAAGUGUCGAGCUUGCUGCUGUCAACAUGAGACUUGAUGAGGGUGUGAUCCGGGAGCUUCACUGGCACAAAGAGGCCGAAUGGGCGUACGUUCUCGAUGGCGAGGUUCGAGUGACCGCGCUUGAUUACGAGGGCGGGAACUUCAUUGAUGACUUGAAGAAAGGUGAUAUCUGGUACUUCCCCAGCGGCGUGCCUCACUCUCUCCAAGGCUUAAGCCCCAAUGGAACGGAAUUUCUUCUUAUCUUUGACGAUGGACGAUUCUCCGAGGAAUCAACUUUUAUUCUGACGGAUUGGCUGGCACAUACCCCCAAGUCAGUGCUAUCCAAAAACUUCAACCUUGACCCCAGGGUGUUCGCCCACAUCCCUGAAGGCGAAAAAUACAUCUUCCAGGGCUCUAAGCCAGGCUCUAUAGACGAUGAGGCUCCAAGCGGCAAGCAGGUGAAGAAGUCCAAGUAUCAAUUCACCCACCGAAUGCUCGACCAAGAGCCGAUCAAGAGCAGCAAUGGCGGAGGACAAGUCCGAAUCACAGACUCCAACAAUUUUCCUGUCUCUAAGACAGUUUCUGCCGCACACGCGAUCAUCGAGCCUGGCGCUAUCCGGGAAAUGCACUGGCAUCCGAAUGCCGAUGAAUGGUCGUUCUUCAUAAAGGGUCGUGCCCGAGUGACCAUCUUUGCUGCCGAAGGCACUGCUCGGACAUUUGACUAUCUCCCCGGCGACGUUGGCAUUGUGCCUCGCAAUAUGGGGCAUUUCGUUGAGAAUAUCGGUGAUGAACCCGUUGAGAUGCUGGAGGUUUUCCGCGCCGACGAGUUCCGAGACAUUUCCUUGUUCCAAUGGAUGGGCGAGACUCCCCAGCGACACGUUGCUGAUACUCUCUUUGCUGACGAUCCUGAAAAUGCGAAGAAAUUCCUGGAACGAAUUCAAAACCAUGAACAUAAUGUUGUAACCAAGCCCGACUUUGUUCGUGAAGGCGGCCGAUCGGGUCUGGAACUAUAA